UAACUAUUUUCAGUGAAUAGUGCAAUUAUUGCACACUUGAGUUGUGCUUGUGUGAUGUAUUAAUAGAACGCCAUAGUCAAUUAUAAAAACAGAUUACAAAAACUGCACUUGCAUUCUGUUUACGGUGAUUAUGUUAUCUUUGUGUUUUUCUUUAAAUACGUGUUUUUUAUUUUUUUAAAUUUAAAAUACCAAUCAAGAUGAAGGAAUUAGUUAUACAAGGACCAAAAAGUAACCAUAAACCUAUUUUAAAAGGUUUUGCCGAAUAUUUUUUUGAGAAAGCUGCAGAAUUAAAAGACAGAAUUUUUCAGAUUGACGGUGACACUGAGAAAUCAGAAACGUAUGGCCAAGUAAAAGCCAGAUCAAUAAAACUUGCUCUUGCGAUGAAGAGCUUGGACUUCAAACCAAGAGAUGUGGCACUGGUAUGUUGUAAAAACAAUCUAGACAACAUCAUUCCAAUAUUGGGAACGCUGUACCUUGGAGGAUGCGUUAGUUCCGCCGAUCCAAGACUAUCACUAGACGACAUAAAGUAUUUUAUUGGAUUAGUACGACCAAAAUUAAUGUUUGUUGAUCAAGAUUCUGUUAAUACAGUAGAAAAGGCUUUGUGUGAAAGUACAUCGUGUGAAAGUACUGCGCGUUUAGUUGUUAUGGGAAAUUCUGAUAAGUAUCCUACAAUGAAAUCCAUAGAAAAUCAGUUUUAUGAAAACGAGAAGACUUUUAGUCCGGUUAAACAAAAAGACAGCGAUAUAGCUUUUAUUAUGUUCAGCAGCGGUACUACGUCAUCUCCGAAAGGGGUAUAUAUUUCAAAUAAAUCUGCCAUGAAUGCUGCAAUAUAUACAUUUGAAUGUGGAAGUGUGAAACCAGGGAUGAUAAUGCACUUUGCCUCCUUCUAUUGGGUAUCCGCCUUAAUAUGUACAAGCGUCUGUGUGUUGACAGGAUCUACCAAAAUUAUUGGAUCCAAUAUUUCAGCUGAGAAGUACCUAUACCUCACCGAUAAAUAUAAAAUAACUUAUACCUUUAUGUCCAACAACUUCACUCACAGCAUAACCUCCUUAAGUCAGGAAACAAUUGACAAGUAUGACACUUCCUCUUUGUAUUCUCUAUUAAUCGGUGGAGCUCCGGUAAACCCAUCUCAGAUGUCGAAACUCAGAAGACUGCUGCCUCACACCAAGGUUUCCAUGGGAUACGGAUCGACCGAAACCAUUUUUAUCAGUUGCUUUGACUUCAAAAACCGAGAAGCUUACGAAACAAAGAUUGGAUCUUCAGGAAAAUUGCUAGCUGAUGUUCAGUUAAAAAUUGCUGAUUUGGAGACAGGGAAACCUUUAGGACCAAAUCAAGAGGGUGAGAUUAGAAUAAAGUCACCCUACGUGACAUCUGGCUACCACCACUUGGAUAAAACGGAUAUAUUCGAUGAAGACGGUUUCAUAAAAAUGGGCGAUCUAGGUUAUUACGACGACGACCACUAUAUCUACGUAACAGAUCGCAUAAAAGAAAUAUUCAAGUACCAAAACGGCCAAGUGACUCCAUCCAUCAUAGAGAAUACCCUGUUAUCCCAUCCGGCUGUUGAAGAAGCUGCGGCGUUUGAUAUUCCGCAUCGCGUCGAUGACAACCAUCCUGCUGCUCUGGUAGUUUUGAAGCCCGAUCAGAGCUUGGAGGCGAAGGAACUGAUUGAUUUUACUGAUCAACACUUGACAGAUUCUCACAGGUUGAGAGGAGGAGUGAUAAUUGUGAAUAGCAUUCCAAGAACACCAUCGGGAAAAGUUCAGAGAAGGAUUCUGAAAGAUUUUUUUGGAAAAAAUCCAGAUCCUCGUGUAUAAUUAUUUAUUAUUUAUUAUGCAAAGUGAUUCACAAAAGCGGCUCACCUCUAUAACUUUUUUAUUUUUUUCAGAUAAAAAAAAACGAAAAUUGGUAUGUUAGUAUAUGACAUAAAUUAGGAUUGAUUGGCGUAUAUAAUUGCUUUUUGUCACUUCUUGUUUCACCAAAAACGACUAUAACUUUUGAUAAUUAAACGGCACCUUUGGUAUAUUUUUACUUUACUCAAUAUGAAAUGACACUCUGCAUAGAAUGACAUAUAUGUCAAUUUUUAAAAUUUUUGCUUACAAAAAAAUCGUAUUUAAAAUUUCAAUUUAGAGUGCCAUAAAAACACUAAUUUAUAAUCAAGGAGUCUUGGAAAAAUAGAUUUGAUCAUCUGAUGUUUUUCGUGACUUAUCCUGGCCGAUUAAAAGAUGCCCAAAUCGUUUUUAUAAUAAAGUUGUAGGGUUGAGCCACUUUUCAAACGGACCCGGUAUAGGAGAGAUGAAAAUUAACUUUUUUUCUACAGAAGUAUUGACACGUUUUUGUAAAAUACCUUCUAAAAUCUUGCAUCCUUUUUUAUUAACGUUUAUAAAAUUAUAGGAAAUAAAAUACAAUAUUAUCCUGCAUAUUAAA